AUGCAGGAGGAAUCCAUACAGAAGGCUUCUAGCGUUGAGGUUACACAACAGAGGAAAGGGAAUUUUCUCAGGCCGACUGCUGUACGAGGAGACAGCUCUCGCAGUGGAUACGACGAUAGCGGAAGCGUGAAGGACAAGAUAAGGCCCAUCUCGUCGGGGUUUUCGAGACCUAGGUUGCUUAGCACGUCAUCAACCUAUCAGUCUACAUCACCAGCAGCUAAGAGUCCUUAUCGACCGGAAUGGGCUCAAGAUGCAGAGGAUGUGGCCGUGCCGCCAGCAAUUUUGAAUGAGGAUGGAUCGCCAGAAGACCUCAAAGACAUGUUGAGGAUGGGUAGAACACAGGAAAUGAGGAGAGUGUUCCGACAGUUCUCGCUGAUAUCUUUCGGUUGCCUAUCGCAAGGUACAUGGGAGUAUAUUUUACUUAACAACAACCAAGCUCUUGAAGCCGGCGGAAGUGCACUUUUGUUCUGGUCGUAUGUCUGGUCAUUCGCAGGCUCUCUGCUCGUUACAGCGUCGUUGGCCGAGAUGUGCUCGAUGUUGCCGAGUUCGGCUGGUCAAUACUUUUGGGUAUCUGAAUUCGCCAGUGAACGCUGGCAACAGAUCCUGUCGUACAUAACAGGGUGGAUGCAACUUGUCGGCUGGAUGUGUGGUAAUGCCUCAGGUAUUUUCCUGACGGGCUCGCUGUUUCAAUCGGUCAUAACCAUAUACCGCCCAGCUAAUGGCGAGCUGUUGUGGGAGACCAUUGUAUUCCUUGUUCCAGUUGUCGCUCUGGUAAUUCUAGCCAACAUAUACGGUGGCCGUACGAUAGCAAUCCUGCAGAACAUCUCGAUGUCAGUCCAUGUUCUUGCUCUGAUUGCAAUGGUUGCAAUUUUGGGUGUGCUCUCGCCACACAUACCAGCAAAAAGAGCGCUGCUACAAGUUGAGAACACCGAGUGGUCUACUACAGCUCUGGCGAUGGUUGCUGGUCAAGCAAAUGCCAACUUUAGCUGUUUUUACAGUGACUGUCCGAUACACCUUUCCGAAGAAGUGCAGAAUGCCGCCGUUGUUGUACCCAAAGCUACGAUGCGAAGCAGCUAUAUAAGUGGAGCGCUUGGCCUGAUAGCGGUGACAACAUUCGCUUUCUGCGUUCCGAGUGUGACAGCAGCUCUUGACCAUCCAACCGGCUACUCACUGCUCUACGUUCUGCAAUUAUCAGUGCCGAACGGUGUGAUAGUGUGCAUUCUUCUGACAUUCAUUGCGCUGAUCGGCGCAAGCAGUAUCGGGUUUGCCGCGACGACCGCGAGAAUCACCUAUGCCUUUGCGAGAGAUUCCGGCCUUCCUUUCUCACAGUGGAUCAGCAAGGUUCACAAGGGACGACUGAUGCCUAUGAACGCUGUCUUCUUGACUGCGGCUGUCAGUGUACUGCUGUCGCUGAUAAAUCUCGGAUCCACGACUGCUUUUUAUGGCAUUGUGGGACUCGGACAGGCCACGCAAUCGAUGUCGUACAUAAUUUCCAUCAUGUGCGUGUUGUAUCGAAGAAUCAAGUCUCCAGAGCAACUUCCUCCAGCGAGAUGGUCGUUGGGUCGUUCUUGGGGUCCUAUCAUUAAUGUGUUUGCUAUUCUUUUCUCGGUCAACUGCUUUAUCUGGUCGCUGUCACCUCCGACCUUACCGGUCACACCGACAAACUUCAAUGUAGCUGGCGCGUUGAUUUUGGGGAUUUUCAUCCUGAUGCUGGUGACGUAUUACUUCAGGAGAAAGAUAUACGUCGGACCAGUAGCACGCACAAGGGACACGCCUAGCUGGAACUUGAGCCAGUUGGGUACUGGGCAGAACAUUCAAUUUGUGACGAUUCCGGAAGAGGUGUGA